CCCACGGAACAGCUAGAGGAAGUCGUUAGCCGAGCUGGCACACCACGAGGCCGUCGGUGCCCAGCCGAAGCACCUUGAGCUCUUCACGGCACCGCUCAGCUGGUCGCCGCACUUGAGCCCGGCGGCCGCCGCCAUGGCUCGCUCCACCUCCAACCGCGCCGCCUCCACCGCCGCACGCGCGCGCCGGAGCUCGUACAUCCUGAACCCACAUCGUCGGCGCCGGCCUCAGGUGUGUUUUGGUCAAUUUUUUUCUGCCUGCAUUAUUUCCUUGGCUCAGGUGUCGUGAGGGGAAGAUGUCAGUGGCAAGAGGGGGUUUCGAUCCGUGCUCGUCGACGGCGAGGUCUAGUCGGCCUUCCGGUGAGUUUGUCUGUUCUGUUCCUCUACAAAUGGAUGUACUCAUUUGAUUACUUGUGAUUUGUUGCGGCUGUUUUUUGUCCCCUUUUUUUUUCUGGCGGAUGUGGCGCUGCGAAGACGGCAGAGGCGAGAGGGAGGUGGUUUCGAUUCGUCCUCGUCGGCGGUGAGGUCUGCUCGCGGCUGUCUGGUUAGUCCAUCGUCGGCGAUGCGAAGGCAGUAGUUACCUCCAGAGGUUUUGCUUUCAUUUUCGUGGUAACAUUGCGCGUAGACGGCUGAGACUGGCCUGGUCUGACUCGGGAAGAUUUUUUGGUGUCAUUCUCCGGGUCGUGUUUGAUUUCUGCUGGUGGGGUGUUUGAUUCGGGGGUUGAUUUGAUGGUUUGUGGUUCUGUCUAUUAUGUAGUGAUUCAGAGCAGACUGAACCCUUUCUGAACGCCGGCUAAUUGUAGUAUGGAUUCAGAUUCAGACUAUGUUUUAGCUGCUGAACGUACUUUUGGCCAGUUCAUGUACUAUCGUUUGAUGUGUUGUGGUCUACUUCCUGGAUGUGCUUUGGUUUUACCCAUUGAAUGUAAUUACCUUGUGUAAUUUUCGAACCAUAUAGCAAAUUUUCAUUUCAGGGCCAUUUUCUGAUUCUAUGGGUUUAUCUAGUAUAAGUGUCAGUUUGUUGUGUAAUUGGUAACUAUAAGUGUCAGUUUGUAGCUUAUAAAUCACAUUUGCUAUAGGUCCCUUUUGUAAUAAAGCUAUGUCAAUUUAAAUCGCACCCACUAUCAAAUAAAAUUGUACCUUUUCUCUUGUUGUAACAGCAGCUAUUUUCAGACUGCAACUGCAUAUGUUAUGUUCCUAUAUAUUUUCUCUUUGUUUUUUUAAUUAUGGAAUCUAUUAAAUUGUAAUGAUUUUCAAAAAUAAUUGGAGUGAUUCCUCUACUGCAAUCCUAGCUUUACACACAAAUUUUAGUGCUUGAUAUUUUCAUUAGCCAUUAUGUUAUCUAAAAAUGGAGUGCUUCUUUUUAAAUAAUUUUUUCUUUUGGACUGUUGCAAUUCUACCCCUUUUUGGUCAUUUUUGUAAAAUGAUCAGUCUAUAUCCUGUGCCGUGCCAUUCCUUAAUUUUUUUUUAAUUGUGCUCUUUUAGAUUGGAUUUUGCAUCCAUUCCUACUGUUGCAAUUAUGCCCUCUUUUUAACUAUAUAGUUUCGUAUAUGUUGAGUGUGCACCCACUACAAGUAAUUGACCUAGAUGCUCGCAACAAUCAAGAUAGGCUCAAUGUUUGCCCCUUCUUUCUGUUUUACAGGAAUCUAUUUAAAAUGCACCCACUUUCAAAUCAAAUUGCACUUCUUCUCUUGUUGCAACAACAGCUAUUUCAAACCGCAAAUGCAUAUAUUAGAUUCCUAUAUAUGUUCUCUUUGUUUUCUUAGUUAUGUAAUCUAUUCAAUUGCAAUGCUUCCUCUGCUGCAAUCCUAGCUUUAUACACAAUUUUUGCUAUUUAAUUGCUUGAUAUUCAUUAGCUGUUGGUCCGAAAUGGAGUGCCUUUUUGAAAUAAAAUUACACUCUUUAGUACUGUUGCAAUUCUACCACUUUUAGGUAAAAAUUGUUGUAAAAUUAUCUGUCUAUAAGCUGUAUCACACCAUUCUUAAAUUUAUUUUUGAAUUUGCACUGCCUUUUACAUGUAUUUGCAGCGAGAUAAAAUGUUCUGUGUUUUUCAGAAGAAACCUCCAAGUUGCUCCCUCGCUUUCCUUUUUGUAUGUGUUUAUUCUUUUUUACACACUUUUACUUUUUGAUCACGUUAUUUAUUUUGCUAAUAUAUAUGGCGUGUUGGAUCACAUGUGUGUAUUUAAUUUGAUACAUAGCUUUCUGGCACUGGUCCCCUGACAACGCCAAAACAUGAAUAUUUAAUAUUUGUAACCGAAAUAUUCUCUCAAACACUGAUCAUAGUUCAAAUUGUGCUAUCUGUGGGUAGGCUAACAACCAAUAUCUUUCCUACUUAUAAAGUUUGGAGUUGCUGGUCGUCAAUUCACUUCUUCCGAACUCUUCUCUUGUCAUUUCUGACAAGUAGAUUGUACAAAACCGUGAGUUAAAACAUCAAGUCAUAACCUCCCUUACAUAGUCUGUACUGAUGCCUUUCGUCUUCAAUCUUCAUGAGUUUGGGUUCAUAGUUCAAAUUCAGCAAAGCCUAUCAUCAAGCUUUAUGGCAUUGGUUCAUAGGUUGACUAUCAUGCUGUUUUUAGUUAUAAUUUUUCUUUUUUUGACGAUUCCGUAUAGCAAAGCACAGGCACAAAGCUAGUUGAGUUAUAGACCAUACUCCUAUAAGUGGUGCAAAAAUACAUAGUUCCAUUGCAGACUACUCCAUUUGUGACCGCUCCUGCUGUUUCUGCUCAACAUUCAGAUGAGUCGCAUGUCAAAUGUUCAAAAGUAAUCCUAAAAGCCGGCCAAUUGUAGUAAUACCAAGAUCUUUUUGCUUGAAAAUCAGUAGCACCAUGUUCCUCCUAGGCAUCUUCAUACAUGCAUAUGUACUGAAAGCAACCCUGGCAAAACGAAGAACUCAGCCAAAGUAAGAAGAACCCGGCCAAAACCUGCAGCAUGAUUUGUUACUCUUGUUCCAUGUGUCAGAUUCAGAUUGCGAGAGGCAUUUGUGGCAGGAAUGCUGAUAGGCGUUUAGGCAAUGAGCUUCCGUGUGCUCACAAGAACAUAUCUGUCAUUGAUCACCUCACCACUUAAAUCAAAGGGCUACAUACCAUAGAUCCACACAUUGUAUUUCUCGCAUUCGCCAGCAACAGCCCACAAGUGCCAACCUCACUAUGCCAAAUGCUUUUUCUCCAGAAGCACACAAUUGGUUGACUGGCUAGACAUUUUUCUAACACCAUUUGAUGACAAGCUUCAAUGUUUUCUAUUAACACGCUUCAUGUAUAACCUUUGCGUGUGCUAUAUCAAACUUUUUAUAAGUUGUGACAUUAGGCCAAAUGGAAAUGAGAAAGGCUUUUGCCGUUACCCUGCCAAAUACGCCAGGUGUUUUGGAAGAAUAUAUAGAAGUUUCAGUUUGUUGCUGACAUUACUGUGCCGAAGAAGUAUUUGAUUCCAUCACUGCUUGCUGAAGAAUGGAGUUUACUGUGAAGCAAUCAAAUAAUAUAACAGGAUAUGCAUUUACCAGUUAUAAAUCAAUAUAAUUGUUUUGACUCGACUGGCAUAUUGAAACUUCAGAGAUUGCUGAAAUAAAAAAGAAUGUAUCCGUUGGCAUGCAUGGUGAUCAAUAGGUACACAUUAUGAAGACCAUUGUGUUAGUAAAAUGCUACUAAGUAUAAAUGGAUUAUAUGGAGUAGUAGUAAAUUGUGCAUAUGUAUAGGUGAUAUAUAUCUGUUGGCUCGGCAUUUAGAAUGGGGUCAUUAUGUGGAAAAUACUCCAGCUAUUAUAUUUUGUCUUUAGUUACUGAAAUAAAUGAGCAGGGUGUGAAUUUAGUGGAUCUGCCAAAUAUUAGCGUGAGCCAGCUAGCUCCGAGCCUCAUUUUUUAAAGCAAGAGAACAGAGCAGCUAUUCCACAAACCAAACAUUGCACUUCAAGUCUUCUCUGCUGAACCAAACUUCCAUACAACCCUUUUUAGUGCCUAGCUGUGUACCAUGGCUCAAGAAAACACCAACACCGACGGCAAGAACAACGAGGCGCUAGCGGCGGCGAACAGCUCCAAAUUCAUGAGUUCUGGCAGUGGCAGCAGGUCCAAGGACAGCGAUCUGACCGACGCGGGUAUUGUUGACAAGGGGAAGGGCAUCGUCAAGGCAGAAGAACAAGAAGAGGGUGGUGGAUCUAAGGGUAAGAUGAUGAGCAUAGUGCAGCCCGCAGAUGCCACAGCAGGAGGCAGCUGCCGCAGAGCGCUGCACGCCGCUACAGAGCGCGAGAGGCGGAGGCAGAUGAGCGAGUUGUUCAGCAACCUGCACGGCCUCCUCCCCAGCCUCCCCGACAAGACGAACAAGUCGACGAUAGUGAUGGAGGCGAUACACUACAUCAAGACCCUGGAGGGGACGCUGAGCGAGCUGGAGAAGCGCAAGCAGGAUCUCGCACGAGGCAUCUGCUUGUCCUCGUCGGCAGCACGUGCUACCAUGAUGGCACAUCAGCCGCCGGCUGGUGGGAUCUUUCCAGCGGGGGCAGCAGCUGUGGCACCGGUGGGCGCAGCAGUGCCUGCGGUGCCAGUGGAGCUCCAGAAAUGGUCGGGGCAGAACGUCGUGUUGAGCUUGUCAGGAGACGACGCGCACAUCAACGUGUGCUCGGCACGGCGCACGGGCUUGCUGACGAUGGUGGUGGCCAUACUCGAGAAGUACGGCAUCGAGGUGGUCACGUCAGAGAUCGCCUCCAACAGCUCUAGGAACAGGUUCACCUUCCACACCCACCGCGUUCAUGCAGCCAACAACCUGUUGGGGGAUAAUGUGUCGUCUGAGGACAUCUAUAAGCAGGCAGUUUCAAAGAUAACGAGUCUGCUCUCCGGAGAGAAUUAAGAUGGAACCUCUUCAUUCCCUAAAAAAAUGGAACCUCUUCGUUGUUCUCUUGAAGUUGAGGGUAUCUUGUCAUUUACAUUUGAGCAUUUAGCAUUUUGUGUCAUGUCAGAAUGGAACUAUGGAUCAGCCUCAAAAAAGAAGGAAAGAAUGUAACUAUGGAUCAUUCUGUGCAAUAAUGUGUCGUGUACACUGUUGUUUCGUACGUUGCUAAAACAUCUUAACUUGGGCUUUCCAAGUUGAGACUGCUGUUGUUGGGAUCUGCUGAUCCAUCUUAAAAUGUUGUUCUUGAUUCCGGUUCCGUU